AUGGUGAAGAGACAUCAACUUUUUCAUGAUUAUAAAGAAGGUGACCAGAGAUACUACAACCAAACAUCACCUGCUAUUUCAGAAGAAAAGGGUCAUAUUGACGACGACGAAACAUCCAACUCAUCAAGGAAGAAGUCUCGGACCGUAUUCUCGCGGAGUCAAGUUUACCAACUAGAAUCGACGUUUGACCUGAAACGUUACCUUAGCAGUACAGAACGAGCUAGUCUCGCCUCCAGUCUCCAGUUGACAGAGAUACAGGUGAAAACUUGGUUCCAGAAUCGGAGGAACAAGUGGAAACGUCUGCUUUCUGCGGAGAUAGAAGCGGUGAACAUGGCUCACGCAUCAUCCGCACAAACUCUGGUCGGGAUGCCGUUCUUCUUCAAAGAGAAUUUCCGGCUACGGAUUCCUGUCCCUGGAUCAAUGACUUUCCCUACACCUCUAUGUUAUCCCGGGAGCAACAUGCAAGCUUUACCUUUGUACAAUUUUUUAUAA